CUCUAUUAAAUUGUUGAUAAGAAGGGGCAGAGUACAGAUAAAUUAAAAAUAUUUCAAUGAACAGCUAGCCAAAGGCAGAAAUAUAAACAAAAUGCUUGAGAAAAAUAAAUAUGUACCACGUGUAAAUCAGAUAGAUGCUAUUUAUCUUAACAAGGACAUAGCCCGACUGAUACGAGAUAAUCUACUAGAGAACUUACAGGCUAUAUCCCCCGUUUUGUUCAUCAAAAUCCAACCCGAGCUAGAUUUGCUCAUACAAUCCGCGAUUUGGUUUGGUUCAGUUGGCAAGCGUUGUUCCACAUUUGGCCAACAGCUGUUGGUCCUGGCUUAUGAUGCUGAGAAGCUAACUGUUUCACGGUUGGUACUCCACUUCGUCUUGACCGUCUUGCCGGGUUAUGUCAAAAGCUGGGAAGAGAGGCGUUUAACCCGACGCGUGGAGUGGUUCAGCCAGGCUAUAACGUGGGCGGAGAACAGUGCCCUGGUGCUAAAUAUCCUCAACUAUUUUCGCUUCUUGAAGACGGGCCGGAAACCCACACUGGUGGACUACUUAUUGGGAUUGGACUAUAUUAGUCUUAGGAACAAUCAGAGGAGAGACAUAGGCUACAAGUACCUGACGAGGGAAUUGCUUUGGGGAGGAUUUAUGGAAAUCCUUGGCCUGGUGCUGCCAAUCAUAAAUUUCCGUAAGUUGCAAAGAGUGAUUAAAUCCUCAGCCAUUGGUCAGGCGAUUACGGGAAGGCGAAUGGAGACUGGAGGUGAUGGUGUGCCGUUCCUGGCCCCUCAGAUGACCUUAAGCACAACCUGCACAUUCUGUGGGGAGCGACCAACUUUGCCUCACCACAUGGGCUGUGGCCAUAUUUAUUGUUAUUAUUGCUUGAGCGCCAACGUUUUAACGGAUGCGAGUUUUAGUUGCCCCAAAUGCGAUUUUAAGUGUCCUGAAAAUGGAAUCCAAAGUGUCUAAGUAUAGGAAUUUGGUGCAAGUGAUGGUUUUAUAUGUCUUUUACAUUAUUAAGCGAAAAGUGGGGUGUAAAAUAAACAAAUAUAUUUACAAAUCGAAAAA